GCAGGCCAUGUUCGGCAUUUGAUUCCAACACAAAAACAGCACUUUUGAUUGCAUACACCUUUUUAUUGUUAAUCUUUCUUGCAUAAAUAGGCUAAACAUAUUUUAAAGCACCUAAAAUCUGUAGAAAAUAACCUGAAGUGCUUAAUCCGCUAAAUUCAUCUUGUGUAGCUCCCAAACUCGAUUUUAUAAUGCUGUGCAGGAGCCGAAUUCUUCUGAACCAUGUGGGCUCCAUUUCUAAAAGAAUUGCAGUCCCAGCUUUCCAAAGGUUAAAUCAAUCAAGCCUUGCGGCGCCGGUUCCAGACGGGCAUGAACAGCCGAUCAGUCCGAAAAUACAAACUCUGGUGACUGAAAUUUCCAAACUUACCCUCCUGGAAGUUUCUGAAUUAAGUGGCGCCCUCAAAAAAGCACUGAAUCUACCAGAUGCACCUGUAGCAAUGAUGGCUGCUCCUGGAGGUUUUGCUGCACCUGCUGCUGAGGAGGAAGAAGAAGCUGCUCCCCAGAAAGUUCAAACUGCUUUCACUGUCAAACUUAUGAAGUUUGAUGAAUCAAAGAAAGUUGCUCUCAUCAAAGAAGUGAAAAAUCUCAUCGAAGGAAUGAAUCUUGUUCAGUCCAAGAAAUUUGUUGAGAGUUCGCCAACUGUUGUGAAAGCUGAUAUACCUAAAGAGGAGGCGGAAAAGCUUGUAGCCGCUUUAACUGCUGUUGGGGCAGUUUGUGAGAUUCAAUAGAAAAGCAGAUAAACUGCCUUUCAUAGAAUUUUUGUAUUUGAGCGAGCGAAUGAAGUUAAUUUUGCAUUUUAACAUUAUUUGACAGCAAAACCAGCCGAAUGUUGCAAUGAAUGAGAACUGUGAGAGUGAAAUAAUAAAUAAUAUUAGAUGCAACAGAAAA